AUGAUUCAACUUAAAACAGUGUUAAAUGUAAUAGAUAAUUCAGGUGCUCUUCUUGCAGAAUGUAUCAGAGUAGCUCAUGGUGGAAGAUAUGGUCGCAUUGGAGAUCCAAUUACAGUGGUGAUUAAAAGAGCCCGUCCCAUUCCACAAGUAACUUCUCAGACAGCAGCAAGCGCUGCGGCUGCAAAUACUCCAGCAGGAAAAUUGAUGAUUCGUAAGGGUGAAGUACGUAAAGCUCUUAUUGUUCGGACAAGAAAGGAAACAAGAAGACCUGAUGGUCGUUAUAUAAGAUUUGAUGAUAAUGCCUGUGUACUUAUAAAUAAUCGUGGUGAACCAUUAGGAACAAGAAUACUUGGUGUUAUUGGUGCUGAAUUGAGAGAUAAAAAAUGGGGGAAGAUUGUUACUCUUUCAGAUUUAAUGGUUUUGAUGAAUCAAUCUAAAAAUAACUUCUUUGUUAAAAAAAAUGAAUUGCAAGAGAAAGAAAUUGAUUCCAAAAUACAAUUGGAAAAGUACAAAAUUGAUAAAGAGAUGGAACUAAGAAAAUUAGAAUUAGAAAUUCAAAGAGAAAAAUUAAGCAAAAUAAAAGAUGCUACUUGUAUUUUUUUAAAUUUAUUUCUGAUAAACUCAAUCAAUUUGCCAGCUCCAAAGAAGUUAGAUAUUGGAAAAAAAUCUGAAAAAAGAGCAUUCAAUAAAGAAGAACUACAAUAUAAAAAUAAUAUCAUAUUUGGUGUUAUGGCAAUCUUGAUGUUCUUGGAUUCAAUAUAUGAUCAAGCUGAAAUUUUGGCUUUGAAGCUUGGAUGUGAAGAGUUAUUAGAAGAUUCUAAUCAAGAGAAUAAUUUGAAAGAAAUUGAAGGCAUAGAAAGUAAUGACAAUGAAGAUGAAAAAAAUGAGGGUAAUUCUAGUGAUAAUAAUGAAGAGAAAUAA